AUGUUUUUCCUCAAAGAAGAGACAAAAGUCAUCGCGUUACAUCCCUCAUACUUCGGACCGAAUGUGCGAGAAUAUCUUAUCAACCGCCUAAACGAGGAAGAAGAGGGACGGUGUACCGGAGACCACUUUGUGAUAUGUGUCAUGGACAUGGUCGAUAUCGGCGAGGGGCGAGUGCUGCCGGGGAACGGACAAGCUGAAUAUACAAUCAAGUACCGGGCGAUUAUCUGGAAGCCUUUCCGAGGAGAGACUGUUGAUGCUCUUGUCACAUCAGUCAAGCCUACGGGUAUUUUCACCCUGGCUGGCCCACUGUCCGUUUUCAUUGCGCGCAAAAACAUCCCAUCCGACAUCAAGUGGGAGCCCAACACAGUGCCGCCACAAUACACCGAUCAUGCGGACCAGGUAAUUGAGAAAGGCACAUGUCUGCGACUCAAGAUUCUCGGCGUCAAGCCGGAUGUUGCGGCGAUUAAUGCGAUCGGAACUAUCAAAGAAGAUUAUCUAGGGUGA